UAUUAUUUUGCAGUCUAAAAUGGUGCAACCAUGGCGACCAGUGUAUAUACAUAGCCAGAAACACAUGGUUUUGACCCAAAGUAAUGCAUUUCAGAAUUCAGAUGGUCGCUAACAACGUAAUCAUCAAUAACUAACGAAUUUGAACUGCAUUGUCCAUAAUAGAUGGUCUUAGUGAAAUACAAUGACAUCUACGUCUGUGAGAAAUGGUCAAACCAUACUCGAAUUGGCUAUGUCUUCAAAGAGUAUUGCAUCCGAUAUGGUACCGGUAGAGAGAACUUUAUUAGUAAUUGGGAGUAAAAAUACGGGUAAAACUUCAUUGAUACAUUCAUUUUUUGACAAAAACGAAAAACCAAAACCUACAUUGGCCUUGGAGUAUUCUUUCGCAAGACGAUCUGGAAAAAGUUUAACAAAGGAUAUUUGCCAUGUUUGGGAAUUGGGCGGUGGUUUAGUUUUUAAAGAUCUAUUAUCUGUGAUAGUACAGAAAACGAAAGGCCGACGUUUGAGUGUCGUGUUAGUGUUGGAUCUAUCAAAGCCGGAUGUUCUUUGGAACACCAUGGAAAUGCUUCUUGAAGAAGUUAAGGCACAACUAGAAAAUUUACAAGGUAUUGAAGAAAAUAAUCAGAUUAAUGUUAAAAAUAUUGAGGAUAAAAAGUUUAUGUCUCCACUUCCCAUACCAGUAAUGAUUGUUGGAAGUAAAUACGAUAUUUAUCAAAAUUUCGAACCUGCUAAAAAACGUGUGUUGUGCCAGUGUUUACGAUACGUUGCACACACUUGCGGAGCUUCGUUGAUUUUUUUUAGCGUGAAUGAUACAAUUCUUGUGAAGGUAUCUAAAGAGAUGAUGUCACAUUACGGCUUUGGGACACCUUAUCCAAAGAACCAUAUUUAUGAUUCAAAUAAAGCCCUUUUAGUGCCUGCAGGUUCUGAUUGCUUUGAAAAAAUAGACAAUCUCAAUGAAGCUGGAAGUAUUAGAUCAAUGCAUAAGUAUAAAAAUAUAUUUGCUUCAAAUUUUAAACAGAUUUCAAUAGAAUCUGGCGCACAAGCAUCGAAUACAGAGAAUACAGAUCCAUUGAACGACACUAAUUACGCCGACCCAUUGAUAGACGAAUCGUUGAAAAAAAAACAAGAGGUUUGUAUUAAAAAUAUUUCCACGACCCAAUGUACACAUGAUUAUCAUUAUAAUAUUACGUAUAAUAAAUAUAACUAG